AUUAUAGACUAUAACACUCACGCGUCAAUCUUCAAACUCCACACAUAUAAAUCGUGCGAUACGGUACAAAGUCUUCGCUCAGGCGGAGAGGUAAAGCCCUUCAACACACUGUGCACAUCAACUCGAAUUUCAUUCAGGAAGUAGGGAGCUGAACAAACGGAGUCCACCUUUUUCUUUCUGUGCGGAUAACUUCUAAAACAACUAGCAAACAUGCAGAAGGCGAAGAAGUAUGACUGGCAGGAUUCGAACCUCGCACUCUUUGGUUCGGAUACUGAGAAGAAAGUGAAGAAGGAGAGUGCACAGUCUGAACCAGCCUGGGAGGGGGCAGGACAGGAAGUCGGCCUCCAGAUUUGGCGGAUCGUCAAGUUCAAGGUUACCAAUUGGGAGAAGGACCAAUAUGGAGAGUUCUUCAAUGGUGAUUCUUACAUCAUCCUCAAUACCUAUAAAGAUCCAGAGGGUGAUGCAUUGAAGUAUGACGUUCACUUCUGGAUUGGAAAAUAUUCCACGCAGGAUGAGUAUGGUACAGCAGCAUACAAGACUGUUGAGCUGGAUACACUUUUGGAUGAUAAACCCAUUCAGCAUAGAGAGGUUCAAGGUCACGAAAGUACGCUCUUCAAGUCCUAUUUCGAAUCCCUCAUGCUCCUAAAGGGCGGUGCUGACACUGGUUUUAGACGUGUACUACCAGAGCAAUACGAACCGCGUCUUUUCCAUGUGAAGAAAGGGUCCGACAAGAAAAUCACAAGUACUCAGGUCUCUCUGAAGAAAGGUAAUCUGAAGUCUGGUGAUGUCUUCAUCUUGGAUCUUGGAGCGAUGAUUUACCAGUGGAACGGUGCCAGCUGCAGUCAUGAUGAAAAAUUUAAGGCCGCUCAGGAGGUAGCUAAGAUCAAGAGUCGAGGCAAGUGCAGUACACAAUCCCUCGAAGAGAGCAGCACCUCCCAAGAUCAUCCUUUCUACAAACCCCUUAAAGAGGGCGAGAGUAAGGCUAAGACAAGUGCAGUGAAGGGGGAUCGGGAAAUGUUCAGGAUCAGUGAUGCUGACGGCAGUUUGGACAUGGAAACAGUGGAGGGUGAAAUCAGCAAGGAUAAAUUGACAUCCGAUGAUGUCUAUGUGAUUAACAAUGGAGAACACGUCUACUGUUGGGUCGGCAAAGGAGCCUCCAUUGACGAAAGGAAGAAUGCUCUAUCCUACGCAAGCAAUUACCUGAACAAGACUAAGGCACCUUGGUUGCCCAUCUCUGUCGUUGCCCAGGGUAAUGAAUCGGCUGAAUUCAACAAGGCCUUCUAAAGCUUUUAGCAACCAAGACGACCUUAGAGGGAACCUAUCACCAAUUUUUAAUUUUGAUGUUUGUGAUUCGGUCAUAACAUCCAAAAAGAAUUAUGUAUAAGCUGUUACUCAUUACUUACAAAACACUUCUUCAUUCUUCAUCCCAUGACUUGUAUUAGAUUUUGAAACCGUACACCCACAACGGAAUUUACGUUCAGGUUCACAGCUCCAGUUAUGUACACCCAAAACCAAUAACAAAUGGGGGCCGGGACAGGGCUUUUGCUAACGUUGCACCCAAACUAUGGAACACUUUACCAUUAGAAACAAGACAAUCAUCAUCAAUUGAAAUAUUUAAGAAGAAACUUAAGCACCAUUUGUUUAUGUCGUAGUUUUAAUAUUGUAUAAUUAUUUUUUGUUGUUGUACAAGAUCGCCUUGGGCAGUCUUUUAGAAUGGAUAUGUGCGCUUUAUAAGUUGACAUUAUUAUUAUUAUUAUUAUUAUCCUGUACUAUAAAAUAUUAAUCAACUUUAAAUAUAGACUUCUAAGAAGAGAGUUCUUGCAAAUCGUUAUACCAAAAUUUCACAAUAAAAACCCAGACGUUGUGUGUCCGGACUUGUUGUGUAUCCUGAAAACAGACAUUUGAAGAAGUUUAUAAGCAGUAUUUCAUAAGAGAAGUCUUUAUGUUUGUUAAGUGUCUGGACAUGUACCCACCCCCCCCUAUCAUGCUAUUCAAAAUUAAUCAGCUUUAAGUAUAGACUUCUAAAAGAGAGGCCUAUUUCAAAUUGUGAUACCAAAAUUUCACAAUAUACAACUUUCUGGUGUAUGAGUGUUGUCACAGUCAUGCACAAUAUAAAAACAUGGUCAAGCUCCUUGAAGUACGUUUACACAACACCAUGCAGAUUUUUAGAAUGUCUCAUUUAGUCUGUCCCUGGGCUGACAACAAUCACGACUGUGGUCAAAUCGGAACUGAUAACUUUUUUGGUUUAUUGAAACUAACAACGAUAUCUGAAAACUUUAAUGUUUAUCAAAUAACACUUUUUAUGUCUUUAUAUAGACUUGCAUUCUAUAACUUGUGGUGACGAUUUAUUAUUUAUUUCAUUUUGUAUUCUCUAUAAGCCUAUUUUUAGAAGAGCAUUCUUGUAUGAAAUGGUAUCAUGAGAUUGUAUAUAAGAAUUGCCUUCAAUAUAAUUGAAAAGUAAGGGCUUAAUUGGCUAUUUUGGCUUUUAAACUAAUAAUUUAUGCAUUAAUUGUUUCGAGAGUAAUAAUUGAUCCUUCUAGGUAGGAAACUGUUUUUGCUUUCUCAACUUUAUGAAAUGAACCAAGUGUGCCUUCAUGCACUGCAUAAUCACUCGCCUGACAUGGGCGACCAGUGUAUUUUGUGUUAAAAAGAGGUAGUGCUUUUUGCCCCUAACUAUACCUAUGCUAAUCGAGCGUAUGCAAUUUAUUCGCUCAUGCAUGCACCAUUAAUGCAAUGCACUGUUAAAUUCAAGGCUAUAGUACCAAUACAUUUUGCUAUCACUUUUUGCUCGAUGGCAGUGCUCUUUGUAAAUCUCUUUCUUGGUAAGUUUCUAUUUGAAAAUGGAUUUGUGAGGGCCGGUUGAAAUGCAGAAAAUCUACCGCUCAUUUGCUUUGCUCCCUCUCUUGUAAAUUUAAGGAGAUAUACAAGUAGUAGGCAGGGGCCCAAAUUCAGUGUUGUUUCGGGCGUCAAAAUACCUAGAUAUGGCUCUGGACGAAUGCAUAAUUAGGUAUAAUUACAUUACGAAGUUGGCUAAUGAUCCUUACCAUUGAUAAUUAAUUGUCGGUCUUCUUUGUUGGAUUCAUUUUUUUCUUUUCACAGCUCGAUGUAAAAGUUACGUCAAAAAAUGAAUUGCUUAUAAUUAUAUUGACUGUGUACUAGUUUAACAGUAGAGAAAUUAGUUAUACAACAAAAUUAUAAGCCUUUCUUAUACUCGAAUGCGAAAUUUUAUUUUUCAUUAAUUUAAAAUGACGUAUUUGUUGAUAAUUGACUAUGAUGAAGCAUAUAUCAGCUUCUUAGAAUUAAAGAAUAAAUGUGGCGGGAAUUUCGA